AUUUCAUCAAUAUCAAUGCAUGCAGGUAGAGGUCUUCACAGAGCUGCAAUCCCAGGUUGUCCCAAGACGUUCCAAUCGGAAUCCUCAUCGCAAUUUAGAGGAGAACAGGGCUCACAACGUAUGAGCAGAGACCAGCACCAGAAGGUUCGAGAGAUCCAAGAGGGUGACAUCGUUGCUAUGCCGGCCGGAGUGGCUUAUUGGAUUUACAACGAUGGCAAAUCCCAACUUAUUGUCAAGAUACUCAACAACACGUCAAAUCAGGCGAACCAGCUCGACGAAAAUGCUAGGAGAUUCUACCUAGCUGGAAACCCACGCCAACAACAACAAGGUGGUCGCCAGAGACGCAGAGAGAGCUGGCAAGGAAGCCGUAGCCGAAGCCGGAGCAGGAGCCAAAGCCCGGAAGAAAGAGAGAGAAGCCAGCAAAGUGGCAGCAACUUGUUCAAUGGCUUCGACGAAGAGUUUCUGGCCGACAGCUUUAACAUUGACAACGAGCUGGCAAUGAGGAUACAGAACCGAGAUGACCAGAGGGGUAUAAUCAUCACCGUCGAGGAUGAGCUUCGGGUGCUGAGCCCACAAAGCAGAGGAGAAGAACGAGAAGAGAGGCGAUGGGACAGAGACAAUGGCGUGGAGGAAACCUUCUGCACGCUGAGGCUCAAACACAACAUCGCCGACCCACAACGUGCUGAUGUUUACAAUGAACGCGGCGGUCGCAUCACCAGCCUCAACCUCCCCAUCCUUAGGUACAUCCAGCUAAGUGCCGAGAGAGGUGUCCUCUACAGGAAUGCCCUCGUAGCACCACUCUACAACAUGAACUGCCAGAGUGUGAUAUACGUAAUCAGGGGCAACGCCAGGCUUCAGGUGGUCGGGGAGAACGGACAGAACGUGUUUGACGGGGAGGUUCGGGAAGGCCACGUUUUGACAGUGCCACAAAAUUUCGAAGUCAUUAAGAAGGCAGAAAAUCAGGGAUUCGAGUGGGUGGCAUUCAAGACAAACGACAAUGCCAUGAUUAACCCACUUGCUGGAUGGCUGUCGACCAUGCGGGCAGUUCCAGAGGAUGUGUUAAUAAACGCAUACCGCAUUGACAGGCAGGAAGCUAGAAGCCUGAAGUAUAGGGACGAGACAACUCUGUGCAGCUCGGACUCAUCUGGGUCGCCUAGGCGUAGGGACAAAGUUUUUGAGAAAAAAAAAUCUUCACAGCCUUCCAACAUCCCA